GAGGGGGGAGGAGGUCAGGCCGAAUCUUCCUCCGUAAUAAGAAGCUACGCGUCCCGCGGUCCUGGCUCCGUGGGUCCGGUCGGAUCGGGCCUGGGCGCUGGAGCUGCUGUGGCUCCCACCGCGACGGGUGCGAUGGAGGCCGUCCCGGAGCCCAGCGCUCACGCCGGGGGAGGCCGAAACAGCCGGCGGUGUUAGUAAAUGAGGCGGCGGCGGCGGCGGCGGCAAGGGCUCUCCAUGAGCAAGCGGCGGCGGCGACGGGUGCGGCGGCACCGGCGGUUUUCGGUCCCCGGGGAGGAUGAAGACACUGUUUGAAGAGAUCAAAGCAUCAAUUAAAAAUAACUAUAACCAAGAUCGCUCAUUUUGGAGGCCUGUUCUUCCUUGGGGAGGUGUUUUUACUAUCAAAGCUGGCCGCAAAGCAGUCUCCUGUACACCACUCUAUGUUGAAAUAAGACUGAAAAAUACCUGCACCAUAGAUGGAUUCUUGAUGUUACUCUAUGUCAUUCUCAAUGAAAAUGAAAAUUUCCCCCGGGAACUCUCUCUUCAUUUAGGUAGAGAGUUUGUAGACUGUUUUCUUUAUUUAAUGGACACCUACAGUUUUACAACCGUGAAGCUACUUUGGAUUUGGGACAAAAUGGAAAAACAGCAAUACAAGUCUGAAGUUCAUAAAGCUUCAUUAAUAAUUGAUUUGUUUGGGAAUGAACAUGAUAAUUUUACAAAAAAUCUUGAAAAUCUCAUGUCAACCAUACAAGAGAGUUACUGUUCCAACUGGCGAUGCCCCACUCGAGUGCAGGAAGAUCAGCAACGCACAAUUAAUAUAAAUCCUCCCCAAGAAAUUCCACAUGGAAACUUGAUACGACUGGCUGUGGAUGAGUUAUUCUGUUCCAGGAUUGAACUGUGUGAAGAGCAUGGGUGUGGUGGCUUAAGAGAAUUUUCCCAAAGAGUGUUCUGCCACGGGGCACCCCCUUUUGUUGUCUUAAAUAUGCAGCAUUGGAAAUCUGAAGAUCUGGCAUAUGUCCCCUAUUAUUUGGAUUUAUCUGAUCACAAGUAUUUGUUGGAAGGUGCCACAUUGUUUAACAAAGAGGAACAUCAUUAUUCUGCAGCCUUUCAAAUUGAUGGACAUUGGAUGCACUAUGAUGGCCUCAGAAAUGUGAAUUUAAUUUUGUUAAAUAAACCCCCAGAGUUUCUCCUCUUGUCAUCAUUGGUUUAUAUUCGAGCAACAGAGAAAUAAAUAUAGACUGAUGCUAAAUUAUAUUGUUUUCCCUCCUGCCCAUGCUCCCCUAGAUGAAGGGCUUUUGUUUUGUAUAUACUUGGUAUCCAAGGAAAUAGUUCAACUAUAUUAGUUUCAGAGGUGUAUUUUCUAGUAUUUAGCCCCAGGUAAAAGUUUUAUAUAGAGAAUCUAUGCAAAAAUGUUUGUAUUUCUUUUUUCUUAAUCCCAGGUUAUUUUUAUACAAGCAUAUUUUAUGUUGAAAUAAAAUAUAUCUUGU